CUUUAUUUUCUAUUAUAACUAAUAGAAAUUAAAUAAACUUGAAACGAGUUUCCAUGUGAUUUUUUUCUUUUGUUAUAGCAAGGAGUUGGUAAGACCUCGAUCAUUACUCGUUUUAUGUAUGAUUGUUUUGAUCCGCAUUAUCAAGCUACUAUUGGAAUUGAUUUCUUAAGUAAAACUAUACACUUAGAUAACAGAACCGUUCGAUUACAACUAUGGGAUACUGCUGGCCAGGAACGCUUUCGAAGUCUUAUACCAUCGUAUAUAAGGGAUAGUGCCGCCGCUGUUGUUGUUUAUGAUAUAACGAAUACAGCAUCUUUUUUAAGCACUUCUUCAUGGAUUGAUAGUAUACGAGCAGAACGGGGUACUGACGUUGUGAUAGCGUUAGUGGGUAACAAGUGUGAUGAAGACAAAAGUAGACAAGUUUCUAAAGAAGAUGGACUGAGUCAAGCCAAUCAAUACAACGUUUUAUUCAUGGAGACCAGUGCAAAACUAGGAAAUCAAGUGGAGGAUUUGUUUAUGAAAAUGGCUACUGAGUUACCUCAAGUUGAAGAACAAGAACGUCAAAAUACUUCUUUAGCGGUAGAUAUCGAAUUAGCGGAAUCUACAACACACUCGGAAAUAAAAAAAUCUAUUUGUUUUUGUUAAAUGCCAAAGUGAAGUUUAAUAACGACUUUUGGCACAGUAUGCUUAAAAUGUUACUGCAUUCUUGUCAUAAUUAACUUUUUGGUUUUAUUGUAAAAGACAAAAAAAAGACAAAAGUAUGACACUGCUGUAGAGUUAAUAGGAGGCAGUGAUAGCAAGAUUGGAUUGCUGUCAAUAUCUCGAGACCCAUUAACAC